ACCAGUUCCAGGGAGGAAACCACAACAUGUACUCUUCCAUUGCCAAUUCUUGCUUCAUCUUGUCAGCCAUUUUGCUGACAUUAUUGGCUUAUCAAUCAAAAGCUCAAUUGAGUGCUACAUUUUAUGCUACCACAUGCCCCAAUGCAUCUAGCAUCGUCCGCAGCGUUAUUCAGCAGGCUCUGCAAUCUGAUGUUCGGAUUGGUGCCAGCCUCAUCCGACUCCAUUUCCAUGAUUGCUUUGUCAAUGGAUGCGAUGCUUCAAUCUUGUUAGACAACAGCGCCAACAUACAGAGCGAGAAAGAUGCUGCUCCAAAUACCAACUCCACUCGAGGCUUUAACGUUGUUGAUAACAUCAAAACUGCUCUUGAAAAUUCUUGUCCUGGCAUUGUCUCUUGUGCUGAUAUUCUGGCCCUUGCUGCUGAAGCUUCUGUUUCUUUGCAAGGAGGUCCUUCAUGGAGCGUACUGCUUGGGAGAAGAGACAGUUUGACAGCAAACCAGGCUGGAGCUAAUUCCUCCAUUCCCUCACCCUUUGAAGGCUUAAGCAACAUUACUUCCAAGUUCUCUGCAGUCGGGCUAAAUACUAAUGAUCUUGUUGCAUUAUCUGGUGCACAUACUUUUGGACGUGCUCAGUGCAGAUUAUUCAGCAACAGGCUAUACAAUUUCAGCGGAACAGGCAACCCUGACCCAACACUCAAUUCAUCAUACUUGACUACCCUCCGACAAAUCUGUCCGCAAUCCGGGAGCGGAUUCAACGUAGCAAAUCUUGAUCCCACGACCCCUGAUACUUUUGACAGUAACUAUUUUACCAACCUACAAAACAAUCAGGGCCUUCUCCAAUCAGACCAAGAGUUGUUUUCAACGGCUGGUGCUCCCACAAUCUCCAUUGUCAACACCUUCAGCGGUAACCAAACUGCCUUCUUUCAAAGCUUUGCUCAGUCCAUGAUUAAUAUGGGGAACAUCAGUCCAUUAACAGGAAGCAGUGGAGAGAUCAGAUCAGAUUGUAAGAAAGUUAAUGGAAGUUAAUUAAUCUCCAUGUUCUAUACAUAGAAGCUGCUAGCUAGUUACAGAUCAAGUUCAAGCUAUGUUUUAAGAAAAAAAGGGAGAAUGGAUUUUAUAAAGAAUCAAAACUGAAAUCACAGGAUAAUGGGAUCCUAUCAUGUUUGUAUGCAGUGAAGUUUGAUCUGGAAGUGGAUUAUCUGUCA